AUGUCCUCCUCGGCCCCCGCUGCAGAGGGAGAGGGAACCCCCGCCCAACCCGCGUCCGAGAAGGAACCCGAGAUGCUCGACACAAGAGAGGAAAGUGAAGAGGAGGAUGAGGACGAGGACGAGGAGGAGGAGGAUGAAGAGGAAGAAAAAGAAAAGAGUCUCAUUGUGGAAGGCAAGAGGGAAAAGAAAAAAGUGGAGAGGCUGACAAUGCAAGUCUCUUCCCUACAAAGAGAACCAUUUACAAUUGCACAGGGAAAAGGACAGAAGCUUUGUGAGAUUGAAAGGAUACAUUUUUUUCUGAGUAAGAAGAAAACAGAUGAACUUAGAAAUCUGCACAAAUUGCUUUACAACAGACCAGGCACAGUAUCCUCAUUAAAGAAGAAUGUGGGGCAGUUCAGUGGCUUUCCAUUUGAAAAAGGAAGUGUCCAGUAUAAAAAGAAGGAAGAAAUGUUGAAAAAAUUUAGAAAUGCCAUGUUAAAGAGCAUCUGCGAGGUUCUUGAUUUGGAGAGAUCAGGUGUAAAUAGUGAACUGGUGAAGCGGAUCUUGAAUUUCUUAAUGCAUCCAAAGCCUUCUGGCAAACCAUUGCCAAAAUCCAAAAAAACUCCCAGCAAAGGCAGCAAAAAGGAACGAAACAGUUCUGGAAUGGCAAGGAAGGCUAAGCGAACCAAAUGUCCUGAAAUUCUGUCAGACGAAUCUAGUAGUGAUGAAGAUGAAAAGAAAAACCAGGAAGAGUCUUCAGAUGAUGAAGAUAAAGAAAGUGAAGAGGAGUCACCAAAAAAGACAUCUAAAAGAGAAAAACCUAAACCGAAAGCCACUUCUAAAAGUAAAAAAUCUGUAAAAAGUGCUAAUGUCAAGAAGGCAGAUAGCAGCACCACCAAGAAGAAUCAAAACAGUUCCAAAAAAGAAAGUGAAUCUGAGGAUAGUUCAGAUGAUGAACCUUUAAUUAAAAAAUUGAAGAAACCUCCCACAGAUGAAGAGUUAAAGGAAACAGUAAAGAAAUUAUUGGCAAAUGCUAACUUAGAGGAAGUCACAAUGAAGCAAAUUUGCAAAGAGGUAUAUGAAAAUUAUCCAGCUUACGAUUUAACUGAAAGGAAAGACUUCAUAAAAACAACUGUUAAAGAGGUAAGUGUUUCCAUCUUUCCUAAGUUUGAUCAUUUUGGACAUAAACAAGACUAA